AUGACCACCAAGGACACGAUGCAGGCUGUUGUUUUCAAGGGCAAGUUCCAGGUCGUGGUCGAGCAGAGGCCUAUCCCCACGAUCCAGGACCCCAAGGACAUUAUCAUAAAAGUAAGAUAUGCUGCCCUUUGUGGAAGUGAACUCCAUGUGUACCGUGGCCACCAACCGUCCGAGACUGGUUUCAUUAUGGGCCAUGAGUUCACAGGUGAGGUCGUGGAAUUGGGCUCGGAGGUCAAGACGCUGAAAAAGGGCGACAAGAUCGUCGCGCCAUUCACCAUCAACUGCGGAGAGUGCUUUUAUUGCAAAAAAGGAUUUUCCUCCCGCUGCUCACAGUCCAAAUUGUUUGGCUCGCCGACUCUCGAUGGCGGCCAAGCAGAGUAUUGCCGAAUCCCACUUGCAGACACCACGGUCAUCAAGGCCCCGCAAAACAUUGACGAGAACAAGCUCGUUCUCAUGGCAGAUAUUUUCCCGACAGCCUGGUUUGCCGCCUCAAACGCGUUCCGCGGGAUCGAUAAGGAAGACAUAUCCCAGAGCGUCGUGUUGCUAAUCGGCUGCGGGCCGGUUGGACUGUGUGCGGUGGUCAACGCCCUCGAAUACAAACCGAAGGCACUGCUGGCCAUCGACGGCGUGGAGGCUCGGUUAGAACAGGCGAAAGCCCUGGGCGCGGAACCCUGGAACUACCAGAAAGAUAUGGAGGGGCUCAAGAAGCGGGUUUUAGAGCUCACUGAUGGGAGAGGAGCCGAUACCGUCAUCGAACUCGUCGGACACAGUGACGCGCUGGGCAUGGGCUUCGACCUGUUGAGACCCUGGGGUAAUAUCUCUAGCAUCGGUGUCCACAACGGCGAGAUUCCCUGGAGCGGUAGCCAAGCAUAUAACAAGAACCUGAGAGUCCAGAUGGGCAGAUGUCCAGUUCGGAGUCUUUUCGAGUCGGCUUUGGAGGUGUUGGUAAGGAAGCAGCACCAGCUUGACUUCAUGACCGAGAACAUCAAGCCAUUGUCAGAUGCCGUUAAAUGGUAUGAUGAGUUCAACAAAAUGAAAGUGCAGAAGGUUGUCUUUGAAGCAGGCAAAUGA